GAGCCACUUUAAUCGGUUGACGCCCCAGGAGCCGCCCUCUGAGCACGUUUUGCUGCGGGUCUGCGUCAGCGCUGGGUAAAUAGACGAGUGGCCGGCAGCGCCGGGCGGGGCUAUUUAAGAGGCAGCCGCCGGCUGGCGGAUCCUGAACUUGGCUCCGCGGCGGGGCUGCUUCGGUGGAAACCCUCAGCUGGCUGCGUCCUAAUCCAGAAGCAAUGAACAGAGGCGUGUGCCUGUGCGUGCUGAUGGCGGUGCUGGCUGCGGGCACCCUAACGCAGCCCGUGUCCCCGGCAGAUCCUGCUGGCUCCGGGGUGCCACGGCCAGAAGAGGCUCCCCGGAGGCAGCUGAGGGCGGUGCAGAGGACGGAUGGCGAGUCCCGAGCGCAGCUGGGCGCGCUGCUGGCCAGAUACAUCCAGCAGGCCCGGAAAGCUCCUUCUGGCCGAAAUUCCAUCAUUAAGAACCUGCAGAGCCUGGACCCCAGCCACAGGAUAAGUGACCGGGACUACAUGGGCUGGAUGGAUUUUGGCCGGCGCAGUGCGGAGGAGUAUGAAUACCCCUCCUAGGGGACCUGGCCUCCGUCAGCCCGACAGGAAGCAACUUCCUGACUCCGAGGAGACAGAAUAAGAAAAUAAUCACACUCAUCACUCAUUAUCUCUGAAGUUUGACAUUUUAAGUUUAUAUUUAUUAAGUUCUCAAUGUGAAAACUGUCUGUACGAUUAUCUUGUGCAACCAUACACCUCAGCAGAAUUGUGCAAAUGGAAGACAAAAGGUUUCUUUCAUCCGUGAUUCCUGGUUCUAAAAUGUUGCUAUGCUAUUAAAGUGAUUUCAUUCUGCC